AUGGCCGGACCCCCAGCCCCGCUCCAGCCCCCGCCGGGCCAUGCUCUGCUCUGGGACCAGGCGAGGGAGCUCAGCGAUGCCACCUCCCCAGCCGCUCCCGCAGAGCCCCCCGCCACAUCCCCGUGUCCCCCGCGGGGCCGCCGGCCGGGGUCCGGGGGUCAGCGGGGCGGCAGGGGUGACCCCGGGGGUGCGGGGGGCCCGCGGCAGAGCGCCAGCGAGCGGGAGAAGCUGCGGAUGCGGCGGCUGGCGCAGGCGCUGCUGCGGCUGCGGCACUACCUGCCGCCCGCGCUGGCACCCGCCGGGCAGAGCCUCACCAAGAUCGAGACCCUGCGCCUCGCCAUCCGCUACAUCGCCCACCUCUCGGCCCUGCUGGGGCUCAGCGAGGAGGCGCUGGCCCGGCGGCGGGGGGCAGCCCCCCGCCACUGCCCCCUCUGCCCCCAGGGCCUGGGGUGCUGCCAGAGCCCGGCCCCCCGCCUGCGCCCACCGGCCCCGGCCCCUUCGCCCCCCGGCACUGCGGGCUGGGGGUCACCUCCUGCAGCGGGGACCCCCCUGGAGCCGCACGCCACGGGGGCCUGGGGGUCGCCCCCCUGUGGCGCUGCGGCGGGGACCCCCCCGGAGGCGCUUGGGGUUCCUGACAUGGGGACGGAGACCUGGGGGUCACCCCCCUACGUCCCUGCAACCGGGACCCCCCCGGAGCUGCACGGGACCACCCCUGGCUCCAUCUCAGGGUCCUGGACAUCACCGCUGUGCAGCCUCGGAGCUGUGACCCCCCUGGAGCCCCCCCAGAGACGUGCCGCGGCCACAGGCACUGGAACCGCUUCCUCCUGCUGCUUGGAGCCUGCAGCCCCCCGUCAGCCUCCCGGGGCAGGACUGAUGGACACAAGGCCCCCCGAGACCCCCACGCGUGGCUACCAGCUGCCGGCACACCACCAGCUCGGCAGCCCACCGGCCCCGGACAGGCUCGUCUCCCCAGCCCCCCGAGCAGCCCCAGUCCUGCCCACCUGCACCCCAGCACGGCACUGGGGGGGAUGGAGCUGAGCCCACACCCCCACCCGCAGAGGCUGCGCGGGGGACAGCGGCGCGGCACAGAGCCGCGCGGGACGGACACCGGGAAAAGGCCCCUCAUUAAAGCUGCCGUGCACCGCC